AUGCUUUUGAAAUACUUAGCCGCAUACUUAUUAUUAGUCAAUGGUGGUAAUGCUUCUCCAUCAGCAAGUGAUAUCAAGUCAGUCUUAUCAGCAGCUGACGUUGAAAUUGAAGACGAAAAAGUUGAAAAAUUAAUUUCAGAAUUGGAAAACAAAUCUGUUGAAGAAUUGAUUGCUGAAGGUAACGAAAAAUUAUCAAGUGUACCAACAGGUGGUCCUGCUGCUUCAGCCUCAGCAGGUGCUGCUGCAGGUGGUGCUACUGAAGAGGCUACUGCAGAAGAAGCUGCCGAAGAAGAGAAGGAAGAGUCUGACGAUGAUAUGGGAUUCGGUUUAUUCGAUUAA